CCUGUCCCUCACACCCUGAGUCCGCUGAGUAUACUGAGCUGUGGACCAAGUUCAGUACCCUCGUCUCGUUGCGAAUCAAAAGCGAGGUGUGAAAUACGAGGUAGUUUGGUAGUCACCGCGACGUAAGAGGGUUGAACAUUAUACGCAACCGAAGCUGACGGAGGACAAGGAAUCUCACGGAAGCUGCUCAGGAGGAGGAUCUCGGGCCGGAUCUUGCGUUGAUGGUGCAGGGUCCGGAGCAGACAGACAGACGCGGCUGACAGGACACAGGAAACAAACACAGGAAGGAAAAUAUGACAAAUCCGUGGAAAGCCGAAAGUCCGGGAGAGAAAACCAUGGAGAUAGGAAAGGGAAGAGAAUUGGUGGGGAUAAAAGAAAGGGAGAGAUAAAGGAGGGUAAAUACGGAGGGAAGAAGGGAAAGGACAACAAAAGGGCGAAGAACAAGGAUAAACAACACGCGAGGAAGGUUCAUAAGGGUCAAAAUCGCGGAGUGAAAGGCGCAGAAGAACGAAAGAGGAAGGAGAAUAAAGCCAAGAAGGAAGAAAAACUUGGAGGAGCAAAAGGGAAGACCAAUAAAGCAAGGAAGAACGAGAAAAUCAAAGAAGAAAACAAAACCAAUGGACGAAAACAAGAAAGAAAAAGCGCCGCAGAAAACGGAAUUCCGGCGAGCGAAGGGGUAACUGCACCAAAAAUCGAUUCUUUGACGAUGCCCACAAACCCCGAGAAUAACGAAGAGAUCCAAGGCAUUUCGAAAGGGAAUCUGAAAAACGCAGGAGGAGGCGAAGGUGCAAAGAAUGGCCGCAGAAUAUACAAACCCAGUCUCCUAUCAGUGGAUAUGGAAGUCGACUCAUCGGAAAUGGAAGGAGAUGAAGCCCUCGACGGCAUAGAAAACGGGGUGACCGGGGGCGGGGAGGCUUUCGACGCCGGAAAGAGAAUGAAAAAAUCCGUGGAUAAGGAAGCAGGAAACAGUGAUAAAGAUGGAACUGGCACGGACGAAGUUAAUGAGAACGGCGGUGACAGCCAAGGAGAAGGUGGAAGCAACGAAAACGAAGAUGGUGAGGCGCCGAAGGUUGAGACAAAUGAAUCACAAAAUGCGUCACAAGGAAAUGAAAAUUCCGAAGCAAAUGAAGAUAAUUUCGAAGCAAGUGAAGAUGAUUCAGAAGCAAAUGAAGAUAAUUUCGAAGCAAAGGAAGAGGAUUCAGAAGCAAAUGAAGAUUAUUCCGCGGGAAAUAAAGAUCAUUUCGAAACAAAUAAAGAUAAUUCCGCAGCAAAUGAAGAUGAUUCCGCAGCAAAUGAAGAUAACUCGGAAGCAAAUAAGAAAAAAUCCCGAGCAAAUAAAGAAAAUUCUCAAGACGCAGAGACCUCAACAGAAGACCCCAAAGAUGCACAGGAGAGUAAACAGGAAGAUAACGAAGGGAGUAGAGACGAGAAUGUGAUAACGAAGGACGGAGAAAAGAGGAAAAUAGACGCCGGGUACAUGCUCCAUGCCAGCGCCGAGUUUGAUUCCUCACAGAUGGAAGAGAAUGUGGAAUUAGGCGGAUAAAAGUGGACAUAGCGGAUAAAAGGAUAAAAAGAGGCAAAGACAUAAAAUCGGAUAAAAGGAGGUAAAGAGAUAAAAGCGAAUAAAAUGAGUUAAAAAGAUAAAUGAUGAUAAAAGGAGGAAUAAGGGUAAAUUAUGAUAAAAAGAGGAAUGAAGAUGAAAGAAGCGAGAGACGAUUGAAGUCCUGCGAUUUUUAUUUAAUUCUGCAAUGAAGGGAACGACUAAGAGUCCGUUUGUUUGUUCACUUUUUAAAAAGAUAUUUAUUACGUUCGCCAAUCACAAUGUGGUAUGGAAGUAAACUUUGUAAUGUGAAAUGUUUAGGCUUUUAAUAAAAUUACAUGAAUAGGCCUA